UCCCUCCCAGCAACAUGUCAGAGUUUCGUUUCUUUGCCGUUACGGACUUUGAAUACAGUUACAAUCGCUCGCAGAAUUUGUUAAAUCUGCCCUUUGCCCCAUUCCAGCCCACCCGCAAAACCACUACCGAUGAAAUCUCAACCGAAUUAAAUGUUCCCUAUGCCGUGUUCGAAAUACUCGUGGCCAUUUGUGCGGUCAUUGGUAAUUUAAUGGUGAUUGUCGUCUUUCAUCGUGAACGGAAAUUACGACGCCGUACCAACUAUUAUAUUGUCUCAUUAGCGAUAGCGGAUUUUUUGGUCGGUUCGUUGGGUGUACCGUUUGCCAUAUUGGCCUCAAUUGGACUACCAACGAAUUUACAUGCAUGCCUAUUCACAAUGUCGCUGCUGGUGGUGCUGUGCACUAUUUCGAUAUUUUGUUUGGUAGCCGUGUCAGUGGAUCGCUAUUGGGCCAUAUUGUAUCCGAUGGCUUAUUCGCGGAAUGUGCGAACACGUACAGCUAUAGUGAUAAUAUCGAUGUGCUGGUUGGCUGGAGCCAUUGUCGGCUUUCUACCGCUCUUCGGGUGGCAUGCAGCGGUGGAUACCAACCAAGCCUGUCUCUUUGUUGAGGUAAUGGAUUACAAUUAUUUGGUGUUCCUGUAUUUUGCAACCAUAAUUACACCCGCUCUGCUGAUGAUGGCAUUCUAUGCCCAUAUCUAUAAGGUUAUCAUCAAGCAGGUACGACAAAUUGUCACAAUGAAUCCAAUGGGUGAUACCAGUCGGCGGAGCUCUACUGCUCAGAUACAUAACAACAAUGGCAGCAGUAUUACUGGUCGGGGUCCAUGUCAUGGUGGUACUAUGCUGCGUGUGCUGGGAGCAGCACGGAAGCGGGAUGUUAAGGCCACUCAGAAUCUUUCGAUUAUUGUAUUGUUCUUCAUGAUCUGUUGGAUUCCGCUGUAUACAAUAAAUUGUAUACAGGCAUUUUGUCCGACAUGUUCGAUACAUCCCAAAUUGACGCUGUUCUGUAUAAUCUUGUCACAUUUGAAUUCGGCUGUAAAUCCAAUUUUAUAUGCCUAUCAUUUAAAGGAUUUCCGAUUGGCAAUGAAAAAUCUGAUAUUACGUGUUAUGGGUAUUGAGGUGGAGGUGACAUUGGAUGCCCAACAUCGCUACUCAUUGGCCUCACAACAUCGUCUACAAUCGAUGGAUGUUAGCUCGAGAAAUAAUGUUCAGACAAGGAUCUAUAUAGAUUCCCCGAUUUGGUUGCGGCAACAGCAACAAUCCUUGAAAAAUUCCCAAUUGGUGGCUAAAUGUGGUGUAGUAACACCUUGCUUGAAUAAUAUCCACCAAACUGUGGCCGCUGUGGCCUCAGUUACCACGGAUAUCGAACGUGAUAUGUGGAAUAUUCGCGAAGCCUCAAGCACUGCCGAGGCAGGAGAGAUUAAUUACAUUUUCUCCGAUGAUAAGGAUUCAGCGGCCCCAACACCACCUCCCCGACGUAAACGCAAAAAGACCCAAAAAUCAGAAGGCUGUGAAAGUCCUUAUUCCUAUGACAAUUGCACCUAUACACCCAGCCCAGAGGGUGAUGAUUUUGAGGAGGUAUUCCUACCGAGCAGACCACAGGAAUCUCAAAAUGGUGGUGUGGAUCAUAAAGUACUCAACGAAAGUCUUAUUGCAUGUACCAUGCGUGAUAAACUGCGUUCCGAUAUAGAUGAUAGACCGCCGAGCACCCCGCACUCUCAAAGCGAUUAUGAAAUACCAAAGAAUGAUAAAGAUUCCAGUUCAACAAGUACACCACAUCAUCAUCAUCAGCUGGGAAAUUCAAUCGCCGAUACUCCGCCCCUAACGCCAAAACAAAUACAACAACUGAAACAAAUGGAUGGCCUACGAUCUUCCAUGUCCAAUGGUUGCUUAAGCGGCAAUUCCAUUUAUAUUAUAGACAGUGAUUCGAACCCGACAACACCGGGUCAUAAACCCAAAUAUCGUAAAACUGCCCAUAUCACGAGGGCAUUAAAUUUACAAAAUAAAUCUUUAACACGUUCCUGUUCAUGUACCAGUGAUACCUCAAUUUCAAUGUCACCGCAAAGGGAUGUGGAACCGCCAGGCACUACCAAUACCGCCAUCAAUAAACAUUCCAAUAGUAAUAAUUCUCUGAGCAAUCAUCACUCAACAUCCAGUCAAAAUCUGCCGAUAACUUCGAAUAGCAAUAACCCAUCUGGCAAUUCGCAGAAUAACAACAAUCUUAAUUACUUUACAUUUCAUCACCCUUCUGCGGAUUAUCAAUACCAUCAACCACAUCACUCCCAUCCACAUCGAAUACGUAAUCCACAACACCAUCAUCAUCAGGAGAAAUUUAGUCCCUUAAAGGCCAUGAGUAAUCUGAUAUUCCCUCCAAUUGUAAAACAUUCCAGCCUAUUUCAAUUAUUCCAUCCCAGUUCCCCGCCCAGUAAUGCGGAAACAACUCAAGAAAAUUCCGCAGUAACAUCGAUGGCAAACUCUUCAAAUUCUCACCAGCCUGCAGCAGCAUUAACUUCCAAAUCCAAAUCUUCACACCACCAACAACAACCAGAAACGACUGAUAAUGUUAAUAAAACAACAAAUAUUUCUAAUAUUCCUGAUCCUCGCGCCAUUGAUGAGGAUGCCACCAGUAAUUCGUUUACUUCCUUAGCCACCGAAGUGAUUGAUGUUUCCUCACUUGAAGUACCAAGACUACCUGAAAUUCGGGCCGAUAGUUGA